UGAACCAAUAUUGUUCUUAUUUUCAUAAAAAGAUGCCAAAAUUUCAAGUUUCCUUGAGGUAUAGUUCAUCAAAGCUUACUAGCUUAUGCCAUAUCCUUAGUGUGAAUCCAUUUUGGACUCGCAUUUUGUACUUUGUUUUCCUUUCUUUGUUAGGUUUUUGGGGUCUCAAUGUCUUGGAACCAAGAACCGAUUCUUUUAAACCUCGGAAAUUUGACUUGUUUUUCACCUCCGUGUCGGCAACCACCGUGUCGAGCAUGUCCACUGUCGAAAUGGAGAUUCUUUCUAACCCCCAACUCAUUAUAAUGACCAUUUUGAUGUUCAUAGGUGGCGAGGUUUUCACUUCCAUGGCUGGCCUUUUCUUAAGUAACUUCAUUUCAGAAAAAAACAAUGUUAUUGACGAUGGUGAAAUCGAGUUGGGAAACCCUAAACCUGAGAACCUAAACCCAGAACAACUUGCUCAAAACAAAGGUGAAACCUUCAACAAUGGUGAACAUCUGUUGUACCAUUCAAUCAUGUUUUUAGGUUUUGUCAUUUUGGGUUAUCUUUUAAUCGUUAAUAUAUUAGGUUCGGCCACGGUUUUUCUUUUUAUAUCCUUUGUUUCAAGUGCUCGAAGCACGUUAAAAAGCAAAGGACUAAACCUAUUCACAUUCUCAAUUUUCACCACUAUUUCAAGUUUCACCAAUUGUGGUUUCAUUCCUACAAAUGAAAACAUGGUGGUGUUUAACAAGAACUCAGGUCUCCUCCUAGUCAUUAUUGCUUUAGCUCUUUUAGGGAACCCAUUAUUCCCUAUGUGCUUGAGAUUUUCAAUAUGGGUUAUGGGGAAAUGUGUGAGUAAAGUGGGAGAUUAUUGUGAUUAUUUGUUGAAAAACACAAGGGAAAUUGGGUUUCAUCACUUGUUUACGACACGGCGGUCAUGUUGUGUGGUCGGCACAGCUUUGGUGUUCGUGGUGGUUCAAGCCGUGUUGUUUUUCGCCAUGGAAUGGAACUCGGCAUCCUUGAAAGAGUUGAAUCCUUUUGAGAGAACAAUUGGGGUCUUGUUUCAAAGUGUGAAUACAAGCCAAGCCGGCGAAACAAUCGUUAACUUGCCGGCGAUGUCCACUGUCAUACUGGUUGUUAUCACCAUCAUCAUGUACUUUCCUCCUUAUACAUCCAUCCCUUUUGUAAAAGAUGAGAAGAAAGAGCAACAAAAUCAAGAAAAGAGAGAAGGAAAAACAGCAAAGGAAUUACUCUCACAACUUGCUUCUAUUUGUGUUUUUGUGUUUCUUAUUUGCAUAACAGAGAGGAAAAAUAUGAAAGAAGAUCCCUUUAACUUCACUCCCUUCAAUUUUCUAUUUGAGGUGGUAAGUGCGUAUGGUAACGUGGGAUACUCACUGGGCUAUAGUUGCAAGCUACGACUAAAAGAUGAGGCUAAUUGUGUGGACAAAUCGUAUGGAUUUGUGGGAAGAUGGAGUGAUGCUGGGAAAACUGUUCUCAUUGUAGUCAUGAUGCUUGGGAGACUAAAGAGAUACAACAUGGUUUGGAAGUUUUCUUAA